UUUGUAAAGAUCGUAGUCGAACCUUUGGAUUCUAAUGCUUUUUUAUUUUUGUUCGUUUACCUGCCUUCCCCACCCCCGCCCCCCAAAAAAAUCGGUUUGCGGUGCUGUUUGUUCGUAUUUGUUUCUACCUUUCGAUUUUUCAAUUGAUUUUGUUAGGGUUUCUGAGUUUUGCUUCAAUCUAUCAUUGGUUCCGUAUCCAAUUUCUCUGUUUUUUCUGUUCCUUUACUGGUUUCACCGUGCUUUUCCGUGUGUUUCUGCUUUUAUGCAUACGUGGACACGAACAUAAAUACAUAUGUAUUUCUGAAAUAUUUCAGUUAAUAUGGAAUAGUUCAUAUGUAUUGUUAUUUGAAGACGUGCUGGUGAUCGACUGGUAAUGAAGAAUUUUUUAGCGUGAUGGUUUAGGAGCUGCUGAAGAUUGGAUUGCCUUAUUUCGGAUUCUUACUCUCUAAUUGCGGAGAGGAAGCUAUAUGGUAUUGCAGUUGAGCUGAAUGGGUGAUGGUUUUGGUGCUAAAGAAGGGAAUAUGCUUCACCAAAUGCGAAUGCUGAUAGGUGGGCUGUUGAGAUAAAUUAAACGAAAUGGGAGGUUGCUGCUGUUGUUCCUCUAAAGAAACAGAAUUGAACACAACAACGGCAUAUUAUUACUACCCAAGAGCAUCAGAAGAGCAUGUACCUCUAUCAUCUGACCAUGGAGGUGCCUCUGUACUCUCUACAGGGCUCCUUGUUGAUACAAAUCUGGAUACAUCAAUCCCCGACACGUAUAGACCACCUCCGGUACCUAUGCCAUAUGAUGUGGUUUUAGGGCGUCCUCAAACUCCACCCGUGGCUCAAGAAAUUUGCACCAACAAGACUGAUGCAGCAGUGCUAACAACAAAUUCUGAUUCUGUUCAAGAAACUGCUGCUGGCGACACACUAGAAAUUUCAGCAAAGUGUGAAGCUCUGAAGGAAUCAGGAUGCAAAACGGAAAUCAAUUUUGAAUUUGAUUCAGUAAAAGGGGAAGUUGAACUUUCAAAGUCAGUGGAACCUGUUAUUUCUGCCUCAGAGGAAGAGGAUUGUCCCGUUUGCUUGGAAGAAUAUGAUGCAGAGAAUCCAAAAAUCACCACAAUGUGUGAGCAUGAUUUUCACCUUGCUUGCAUUCUUGAGUGGAUGGAGAGAAGUGACGCGUGUCCUGUAUGUGAUAAGGAAAUGAUUUUCAGCCCACUUAUUGUUUAGCAGCAAUCAGAAAGUUAAGUUCAAUCCGCUAGGGUUCUCAGUUCUUUCUCUUUCUGUUAAGUGGCAGCCACGGAUUGGCUGUAGUUUGGUUAUUUUGCUUCUGAGUCAUGCCCAUUUCCUGAGAUGGGUUCUUUGUGCAUACAUUACAUUGAAACUUAUAAAAAAUGAAAAGAGGAUGAAAGUAAAUAUAGAUAUGCACGAUUCAAUCCCCAA